UCUUUGACCGUCGUACUCUCUCUCUCUCCCUCUCCCUCUCCCUCUCUUUCUCUCUCUACUUUUUAUUUUUUUUUUCCCUUCAUCAACGCCUUUUCGCCGCUGUUGCAGAGCGACUCCACACCCCCCCUUCCCCCCGGGACCUUUUCUUCUCUGCCACUGCAAAGAUAUAUAGAGAGCUAAACCCACGCAGAUUUUAGAGAGACGGAGAGAGAGAAAGAGAGGAGGGAGAGAGAGAGAGCUGUUGUUAGUGUAAUUAUUAUCAUCAUCAUCAUCAUUUCUCCAUCUUCAUCUUCUUACAAAUUUCGAUAACUCCCCAUCUCAUCAUUAACUCUCUCUGUUCCAAACAUCCUAACCUCUGAGACCGAUCCGACGGCCACGAUCUUCUCGUCUCCUCAUCCUGCGGCUGGCCCUCCUCUGUCUCCGCCCCUCCACUAAGCCCGUUGCAUCUCUUGAACAUGGGGCCUUUGGAGCCCAAUGGGGACAGGAGAGCAAGAAGAAAAGAUUCUAUUCUUAAAGAAAAUGGGAACUUGAAUUCGUUAGGUGCUAAUGAGGAACUUGAUCCAUGGACUGCAUGGGCAUAUCAGCCUCGUACCAUUACACUGUUAUUUAUUGGUGCAUGUUUGCUUAUCUGGGCAAGUGGAGCUCUUGAUCCUGAAAGAAGUUCAUCUGGUGAUCUUGUUACAUCUGUGAAACGGGGUGUAUGGGCUAUGAUUGCAGUUUUCCUUGCUUAUUGUUUGCUGCAAGCCCCUUCAACAGUGCUAAUUCGACCACAUCCUGCUUUGUGGCGCUUAGUUCAUGGAAUGGCUGUUGUCUACCUCGUUGCUCUCACAUUUUUGCUUUUUCAGAAACGUGAUGAUGCUCGCCAGUUCAUGAAAUUUCUCCACCCUGAUCUUGGUGUUGAACUUCCUGAAAGAUCAUAUGGUACUGAUUGCCGCAUUUAUCUGCCCGAAAAUCCCACAAGCAGGUUUAAGAAUGUUUAUGAAACCCUAUUUGAUGAAUUUGUUCUCGCUCAUAUUUUUGGAUGGUGGGGCAAGGCUAUAAUGAUCAGGAAUCAGCCCCUAUUGUGGGUGUUGUCAAUUGGAUUUGAGUUAAUGGAGUUCACCUUUCGCCACAUGUUGCCUAACUUUAAUGAAUGCUGGUGGGACAGUAUUAUUCUUGAUAUCUUAAUCUGCAAUUGGUUUGGAAUCUGGGCAGGAAUGCAUACUGUUCGGUACUUCGAUGGAAAAACAUAUGAGUGGGUUGGUAUAAGCCGUCAGCCAAAUAUUAUUGGGAAGGUGAAGCGAACACUAGGACAAUUUACACCAGCACAGUGGGACAAAGAUGAAUGGCACCCCUUGCUAGGUCCAUGGCGUUUCAUUCAAGUUCUCAGUCUCUGCAUUAUCUUCUUGACAGUGGAGCUCAACACAUUCUUUCUUAAGUUCUGUCUUUGGAUCCCUCCUAGAAAUCCUGUGAUUGUCUAUAGGUUGAUAUUGUGGUGGUUGAUCGCAAUUCCAACUAUUCGCGAGUACAAUUCCUAUCUGCAGGACCGCAAACCGGUGAAAAAAGUUGGAGCAUUUUGUUGGCUUUCCCUUGCUAUUUGCAUUAUUGAACUCCUCAUUUGCAUUAAGUUUGGACACGGCUUGUACCCUAAACCAAUGCCUGUUUGGUUGGUGAUCUUCUGGGUAUCUGUGGGGUUGACCCUUGUGAUAUUCCUGAUGGUUUGGUCAUGGCAAUUGCACCGGGCUUUGGGUCAAAAGAGGCGAUGACUUUAAUUACCUUUCGGGGGUCACAACCAUUCUUUGAUUUCUUGUCCUUGGUUUUUUCAGGGGGGGAGGUGUAAAUAUUUAUAUUGCUUUGACGAAUUGUAAAUGCCUAUUCAUUAGGUCUCUCUCUCUCUCUCUCUCUGGACCACAGUUUCUUGUGUAGAGAAUAUUGAUUCUUUGUUGUUACUUGUUACGUAGUGGGCAAUUUCAUCUUUCUAUUGCCAGGCUUUUGAGCUACAGUCGUCCACCAUUACCAAUGUGGCAAAAUUUUCCCCACCAUUAUUGAGCAAAGAUUUUGGUCCUCA